GGCCUAUAUUAUUAUCGCUUUUUUACUUAGGCUUAAUGCUUUGGUAUUCUAUUCUAUAAUUCUAGAUUAAGAUCUAGUCUAGGUUUCUAGAACUAGUCUAUCUAGUUUUAGAUCUAGAUCUAGAUCUUGAUAUAAUAAUUUUAAAUGUAUGAUGCAGAUAAGAUUGAGAGUGUGGUUUGAGUACUUCAAGUGACAAGUUACACUCACAAAUGAAGUAGUUUGAAAAUUAGAUCUAGAGAUUUUCUAUCUCAUCUCUGAACUCUGAGUCCAUCUCUCUGUGUACUCAACAAGCGGACAACCAAUAAGCAAGCAGGGGCUGAUAUUUGAGUUUAUUUUGGUACAUCCUUUACUCCUAGGUCCCUGAUUAUGUGUACGUGAAUGAGGUACAGACUGUGAGCCUAUCAUCAACAUUGUGUUCUUUAGUCUGAGGGGCUGCUGAUACUCCCAGCUGAGGCAAACAAAAUGGCCACACUCACCAAACAGGAAAUGGAACAGUUAAAAGAAAAGGUCCAUUCGGCUGCUAAAGAAGGAAUGGCUAUUAGUAUUUUUGCACUCCUUUGGAAUAUGGACAAACCAAUAGUUAAAGAAAUUUUAGACCAUCAAACAGAAAGUGAUGGUCAGAAAACUACACCCCUUGUGAUAGCUGCUAAGCUUGGAGAAACCAAAGUUGUGCAGGUGUUGUUGAGUAACUUUGAUGUGAAUAUUGAGCAAAGAUCCACUGUACGUUUUGAUGGUUAUGUCAUCCAGGAAGCUACAGCUUUGUGGUGUGCUGCUGGUGCCGGUCACCUGGAUAUUGUUGAAGUGCUCAUUAAGAAUGGAGCUAAUGUCAACAAUGCCACAGCAACAAACUCAACCCCCCUGAGAGCGGCCUGCUUUGAUGGGAGGCUGGACAUUGUCAAGUACCUGAUAGAGCACGGAGCUGACCUUAACAUACCAAACAAAUACGACAACACCUGUCUGAUGAUCUCCUGCUACAAGGGACACACCAAAGUUGUCAGGCACUUGCUGGAGAAGGGAGCUAACCCAGAUCUCAAGGCACAUUGUGGCGCCACCUCCAUUCAUUUUGCAGCCGAGUGUGGUCACCUAGAAGUUGUGAAGGAACUGAUUCACUUUGGAGCUUCCAUGUUGGAAAAUGAUCUGCAUAUGACCCCCUUAAUGGUGGCAGCUGAGUGUGGUAAAGAAGAGAUUGUGCACUACUUCCUCAAGCAGCCUGAAUGCUCACGCUUAAGUAAAAUUGAAGCCCUGGAACUUCUUGGAGCAUCAUUUGCUAACGACAAAGAAACUUAUGAUUUGCAUAAAACUUAUGAGUAUCUCAAAGAAGCGAUGGCUCUGAGAAAUAUUGACAAAUGUAGUGGAAGUGGAGUUUUAAGGAUUCAGAAAGCAAGUUUCCCAGCUGUACCAGCUUAUAACAAUCAUGUGGAGUGUAAAUCAAUGUAUGAACUAGAGAUGAUCAGAACAAAUCGAGAUGCAUUACAUAUGGAAGCUCUCACUAUUCGAGAAAGAAUUCUAGGAGCUAAUAACCCUGAAAUUCCCCAUCCUGUGAUAUUCCGAGGCGCUGUGUUUGCUGACAAUGGAAGGUUUGACAGAUGUAUUUCCUUAUGGAUGCAUGCUAUGGUUUUAAGACAGACAAAUAACAGAUCUAUCAAUAAGGAUUUGCUGAGGUUUUCCCAGGUUUUCUCACAGAUGGUUACAUUGAAAGCUGACUUAGUCUAUGCAGAUGUAGAGCUAGUGUUACAGCAUGGCUUGAAAGAAAUCGAGUACUUUCUUACAGCACUCAAGAAUGAUUCCACCUGUGAAUCAAAGUCCACAGCCUCAGAGCUGUAUCAGUUAAAUAUUUUAUCCAUCAUUUAUCUGGUCACCAUAGCAUGCAGGGUUGUGCGCUGUGAGGAUGAGAACAAACGGCUACACAGGCUAGUUUAUUCUUUCCUCAAACUCCGUCCCUCCUUGAAAAAUGGCUACUCUCCUCUUCAUAUAGUCCUGGAUCCUGGAAUUUGUGUGGACGAUUUUCAUGUGAACACAAUUGUCAUCUUUCCUGACAAAACUCUGAUGUCAAUGCUGCUGACAUGUGGGGCAGACAUGGAUGCGCUGGACAGUGCCAGGAACUCUGCCCUGCAUGUCAUUACAAAUGCCAAGCUGUCAGAAAGCCAGGAGAACCUGCGUCAAGAAAUGAUCAAAGAGCUGCUCCAACGCGGGGCCCACUGUGAUGUGGCCAACAACAAAGGCCAAACCCCUUUCUGCACCGCUGCAGGCCAAACCUUAAACACUCUGAUCUACUACAGCAACAUCUCACUGAGGUGCUUGGCUGCACGCUGCAUCAAAAGAAACAAAAUUACCUAUACAGAUUGCAUACCUCAGUGUUUAGAAGCUUUUGUUGACAUACAUUAAUGUGCUUGCAAACUUGCUGGAACUUUUUUUUUUUUGAAAUUGUAUGCAAACUGUUGCAAAAAAUUUGAAUGUAAUAUGUGUAUGUGUAUUUUAAGUGUAGUUUAUGUUGAAAUAGAUCAACUACUUAAUCAAAUUUAACAUUUUUUACUUUGGUAAAUUGUAAACUUUUCUAGAUAAUUUAACAAGAUUUACUUGCUUUGUAACAAACUCUUUCAUUGAAACUUUCAGCUUUUAUAAAACCUAAAAGCUGCAUUUUAAACUACUAUGUGGCAUGAC